AUGUUACAAGUCAACUGUUUUGUAGAAGAACGAUCUUUUAUCCCCAACGUGGAUGAGGCGCUAGUGCUAUCAUGUAUUUUGAAUUUGCAAGAUUAUUUUCCGUUUCUUUUCCUUCAGGUGAUUGAAGAAAGCAUAUACGAUCGCAGAACCCGGACGUUAACGACUUACACAAGGAACGUGUCACAUAAUGAAUUGUUCGCCAUGCAUGAGCGGUGUGUAUAUCGACCGACAACGGACUCAUUGAGUGAACCAAUGACUGACAUAAUGCGCAGUGUCUACAUUUCUAUACAUUGUGGAAGAAUGAGCUCUGUCUACGAGAAGUUGAUGCUGCUUGGCUACAAGAAAUCUGUCGUUAACACAGGCAAGGGCUUGAUUGAAGUGCUUGAGCAACGUUUUGGAAUGCGUAAUUUGUCGGCGGUUCCAAAGGAGAAGAUGAAGCUGAUCCGUGAUAAACUCCUCAAAUCUCCGAUAGUUUCUGAACUGAAAUGUGAUGAGAAAUGA